AUGUGCUCAGUGAAUCAUUUGUACACGCACACCACUCUGAUGAAUGCGAACGGCAUAGUGGCGCUGCCAGUGGCGGCACCGCCGGGGAAGUGGCUGGGGGCGGGCGGGGCGAACAUCGUGGACGGGGAGAAGCAGUACAUUGGAGUGGUGAGCAUGGCAUGGCAAUGCAUGUGGAGUGGUGAGCAUGGCGGAGAGAGGGUGAGGGAGGGCGCAAUGACAGCAGCGCUCAAGGCAGGGGUGGUGAGCCUCGUCGGCAACCUGCCUGAAGGACUCUCACUCUGGGUCGCCUCCACCUCCACGCCGCUAAUGCAGCGCGCGGGCGGUGUGAGAGCAGUGGCGGUGGUGGCGGGCAGUGCGGAGGAGGAGGAGCGGAUGGAGGAGGGCGAGGGGUCUGGUGGUGCUGGUGGUUCUGCUGACGUGGCAGGAGGCUAG